AUGGCGUCCCAGUUGACCAAAAAGAAUACAGCUUGUGUGAUUGGUGGCACAGGGUUUGUGGCAUCUUUGCUUGUGAAGUUGUUGCUUGAGAAGGGCUAUACUGUGAACACAACAGUCAGAGACCCAGCUAAUCAGAAGAAGAUUGCUCACCUAAUAGCACUACAAAAUUUGGGGGAACUAAAUAUUUUUGGGGCAGAUUUGACCAAUGAAGAAAGCUUCAAUGCUCCCAUAGCAGGUUGUGACCUUGUCUUCCAUGUUGCAACCCCAGUUAAUUUUGCUUCUCAGGAUCCUGAGAAUGACAUGAUCAAGCCAGCAAUUCAAGGAGUACGUAAUGUGUUGAAAGCCUGUGCAGAAGCAAAAACAGUUAAAAGGGUCAUUUUGACGUCCUCAGCUGCAGCUGUGUCAAUCAAUAAGCUUAAUGGUACCGGUUUGGUCAUGGAUGAGAAGAACUGGACAGAUGUGGAGUUCUUGACUUCUGAGAAACCACCCACUUGGGGCUACCCUGCCUCCAAGACACUAGCUGAGAAGGCAGCCUGGAAAUUUGCUGAGGAAAACAACAUCGAUCUCAUUACUGUCAUCCCUAGUCUCAUGAUAGGUCCUUCCCUCUCGCCGGAUAUCCCCAGCAGCACAAACCUUGGAAUGUCUUUGAUUACAGGGAAUGAAUUCAUGAAAAAUGGUUUGAAAGGAAUGCAAAUGCUGUCAGGUUCGAUCUCUAUUACGCACGUGGAGGAUGUUUGUCGCUCCCAUAUUUUCUUAGCUGAGAAAGAAUCUGCUUCUGGUAGAUAUAUAUGCUGUGGUGUUAAUACCAGUGUUGUUGAGCUUGCUAAGUUCCUGAACGAAAGAUAUCCUCAGUAUCAAGUCCCAACUGAUUUUGGGGAAUUCCCUUCCAAGGCCAAGUUGACCAUCACUUCAGAGAAGCUUAUCAGGGAGGGGUUCUGUUUCAAGUAUGGAAUUGAAGAGGUCUAUGACCAAACCGUGGAAUACUUCAAGGCCAAAGGAUUACUGAAUUGA